CCUGAGCUACAGCCAGAGACUGCGUGAGCUAUAGCUAGAUACUGCCGGAGCUACAGCCAUUGACUGUCUGUGCUACAGCCAGCCUGCCUGAGCUACAGCCAGAGACUGCCUGAACAACAGCCAGCGCUUAUCUCUGAAUGGAGCCACAGGAUCAUGGCAAGUGCGUCUCCCAGUGAUAGCGAGGCUCCAGGGGAGUUGACCUGCCCCAUCUGUCUGGACGUCUUCCGUUGCCCCUGCACGCUCAGCUGCGGCCACUCGUUCUGCCUCAAGUGCGUGGAGGGCACCCGGGAUGCGGCAGAGUCCUUCUCCUGCCCGCAGUGCCGAGUGAUCUUCCCUCAGGGACCCAAGCUGAUCAAGAACUUCACGCUCGCCAACUUGGAAGAGCAGCGCCGUGCUGCAGAUAAAAUUGCCACUAUGGUCUUGUGUGACUUCUGCAACGAUGGCACGACCGCUGCCUUGAAGACCUGCCUCAGGUGUGAAACCUCCUACUGUGCGACUCAUGUAAAGCCUCAUCAGGAGAACCUGAAGUUCAGUGACCACGUUCUGGUGGAUCCAGGCACGAAUCCUGAAGAACGCAAGUGCAAGACGCACAGAAAGAAGAUCAAGUUUUACUGCCGACAGGACAAGAGCUUGGUCUGCACAACCUGCACCAUCGCAGGAGACCACAAGGGUCACGAUGUGGCUACGCUGGAGGAUGAGCGCAAGACACGGGAGAAACAAGUGGGAGAGGAGAUGCGGGCGGUGGAGGAGAAGAGGAGGGAGGUGGAGGAGUCCGUGAGGCGGAUGGAGGCUGCUCUCAGGGACGUGCAGGGAUCCAUGACAGAUGAAAAGGCCUCAAUCUCGGUCAGAUUCACCCGCGCGAGAGCAGCGUUGGAUGCGGAGGAGAAGGCGGCUUUAGAGCAAGUAGAGCAGAAAGGGCGCGAGCUGCUGUAUCAGAUCAAGAAGAAGAUCGCUCACUACCAGCGCGAGAUCAGAGAGCUCCAGGCAGUAGCCACUCGCCUGCAGACCCGAGCGCAGGAGAGUGACUCAUUCGCGUUCCUGCAGGGGCACCUAGAGGAGACACGCAGGGCAGGGAGGGUUACUUCAGCUCCACCCUCAGCUCGCAGCCAACAGGACAUUGCCUCACUUCAAGUCCUGGAGACAAAUGCAGUCAAACUCCUGUACGGAUGCUCACCGACUCUGGACACAAACUCAGCUCAUAACCAACUCCAGAUCUCCUCGGAACUCAGGACGAUGAAGUGGACCGGUGUUUCCCAGGGUCGCCUCGAUCACCCACACCGGUUUGAUGGCUGGUCACAAGCCCUGUGCUGUGAGAGCUUCUCGUCGGGUCACCACUACUGGGAGGUGGACGUUGGGGACGCGCGGUGGUGUCGUGUUGGAGUCGCGUACGGGACGAUCCCACGGAAAGGGGGUGGUGCUGCAUUGCAGCUGGGACGGAACGAUGCAUCCUGGUGUUUAGAGAAACGUGACGACAGAUUCUCAGUGGUUCAUGGUGGAGUGGAGACUGGACUGUCGGUGAGGGGGGCCCCCUCCCCUCGCAGAAUCGGGCUUCACCUGCACUGGGAGGGGGGGUUCCUGGAGUUUUAUCGCGCCGACUCCAUGGAGGUGAUCCACGAGGUCCGGCAGAGAUUCUUGCAGCCUCUCUACCCUGGGAUGUGGGUGGGGUAUUGUAAUGAACCAUUGAAGAUUGUGGAUCUGAGUCGUGCAUCCUGAGGAUGAGGAAUAUUAGAACCCCAAGAAACUGAGGCGAAAACCCAA